AUGUCCAAGCUCAUAGAUUAUGCGGAAGUGCAAAAACACACCUCUAGAGAGUCGUGCUGGGUCAUCCUCUACGGCCAAGUCUGGGAUGUGACCAAUUUCCUGCCCAACCACCCUGGCGGUGCCAACAUCAUCCUCAAACUCGCGGGCAAAGAUGCCACCGAAGAAUACGACCCCAUACACCCUCCAGGCACUCUCGAAGAGAACCUGCCCAAGUCCGCGUGCAUUGGACCUAUCAAUCCGACAACGCUGCCACAGCCUGUCAAGGCGGCGAAAGAUGUUGGACCGGAACCGGACACCCAGGUGGAAGUGCCUUUAGCCGCCAUGUUGAACCUGGAUGAUAUCGAGGCCGCGGCCACCAAGAAGAUGUCCAAAAAGGGGUGGGCCUAUUAUUACUCUGCUGCCGACGACCUGGUGAGCAAGCAUUUCAACAACACAGUCUACAGACAGAUCCUCCUGCGACCGCGGGUCUUUGUCAACUGCAAGGAUUGCGAUCUCAGCACAAGCUUUUUGGGUCACAAGCUGGAUAUCCCCAUCUUUGUAUCCCCGGCAGCCAUGGCGAGACUGGCGCAUCCCGAUGGAGAAUGGGGCAUCGCGCAGGCGUGCAAAAAGUUCCAUACAAUGCAGAUGAUUUCCAACAAUGCCAGCAUGACACCCGAGCAGAUCGUCAAGGACGCCGGACCGGGUCAGGUCUUCGGCUGGCAGCUCUAUGUCCAGACAGAGCGGAAGAAGUCGGAGGACAUGUUGGCCCGCGUGAACAAGCUGGAUGCCAUCAAGUUUAUCUGUCUUACCCUCGAUGCGCCAGUCCCAGGCAAGAGAGAGGACGACGAGCGUGGAAAAUUCAUUGUUGAAGACACGUCCCAAGCCAUCAAAGACGCCGGUGGGAAGGAGCUGAAAGGUGGUGGUGGCAUUGGACAGUCAUUGUUCUUCGGCACGGAUCCGACCUUGACGUGGACGGAGACAUUGCCUUGGCUGAAAAAGCACACGAACAAGCCCAUCAUCCUCAAGGGCUUACAAUGCCAUGAAGAUGCAUAUAUCGCCGCCCAACACACCCCCCAGGUUCAGGGCAUCAUCUUAUCAAACCAUGGUGGCAGAGCAGCAGAUACCGCACCUCCAGCGGUGCACACGCUGCUGGAAAUCCGGAAAUACUGCCCCGAGGUGUUCGGCAAGCUGGAUGUGGUUGUCGAUGGCGGCAUCAAGAGGGGCACCGACGUGGUCAAGGCCUUGGCUCUUGGAGCAAAGGCUGUAGGAAUCGGUCGCGGGGCUCUUUUUGGCCUUGGAGCUGGUGGCAUCGAGGGGGUGGAGAGAGUGCUAGAGAUCCUGCGGGAUGAGACCGCCACAGCGGCCAGAUUACUGGGUGUGGCCAAGGUGACUGAGCUCGGUCCAUUGCACAUAAAUACCAGAGCUGUCGAGAGGGAUGUUUAUGACGGCCCUGCGAACUUACCCGGAAUUGGGGGAGCCAUGAAGGGUCUUUGGGUUCAAGCCAAGCUGUGA